CUGGAAUGACUGAAAUAACGUGAUGGCAAGGAAUAAAAAAAUAUUUUAUUGUUCGCUUUUUGUCUUAUGCUUGUCUUAUCUUUUGGUAUCUGUCAUUAGCACCGAUACGAUUCAUCCCAUUGAUCUGAUGUUUCUUAUUGAUGGCUCAAUAAAUGCCGGAGAAGAUAACUUCAACAAGCAGUUAACAUUUGUCAGAAAGCUUUGCAAUAGGUUUCCAAUCACGAAGAAUGGUGUCCACGUCGGUCUAGGAGUUAUCUCAGACGAUGGUUUGGUGGCGUUCAAUCUGAAAGAAAACACAGAUAAUUCUAGUGUGAAUGCAGCCAUUGAUAAACUAACAUACCCCGGGGGAGCCUCAAACCUUGGAAAGGCAAUCGCAAAAACUAGAGGAUGGAUCCUGAAGCCGAGUGGUCGGAAGAACGUACCAAAGAUUUUGGUUGUUCUGUUUAAAGGUACAACAUCAGAUGAUAUCAAAACCCCGUCAGCUCAAAUUCAAGAAGAUGGAGUUAAGAUAAUAUCAAUAGGAGUCGAGGCAGAUCGUAUUCAGGCUAAUACUAUAUCAUCAAUAGUUAUGUUUGAAAAUUUGGUGGAGUUUCUCUAUGAUACCGAGGAAAAACUGAACAACGUUGUGAAUAUCAUUAAUGAAGCUUCAGGAGUUCAUACAGGAGUUAUUACCGAGGACUUGGAUGAAAUAAAUGGUGGAAGAAUAAAUCUAAAUAAUAAUCUACAUGGUGAUUCUCGGCAGAAAGCCGCAACUAUCGGAGGACUGACGAAUAAUGAGGAUACAACAAGCGUUCUAGAACCAGUAGACAUUGUUUUCCUCAUUGACGGCUCAGAAAACGUGGGAAAAGACGAAUUUGAAAAUGAACUAAAAUUCCUUCAACAUUUUGUUAAAAAGUUCCCCAUUUCUGAAGCAACGACUCGGAUAGCGCUCGGGACAAUCACGGAUGACGGUCGUGUUGACUUCGAUUUUUCAAACAAACAGAACGCACGCACAAUACAAAAGCGUCUACGACUAGUGACGUAUCCUGCGGGCAGAAUGUACGCUGGUAAAGCUUUAAAGAGAGUACACGAUGAAAUAUUUAAAACCUACACGAGAUCAGUAGCACAGGUUCUCGUUAUGAUCAUGAAAGAAAGAUCUUUGGACGACGUAAAGUAUAUUGCAGCAGAUAUGAGAGAAGAAGGAAUCAAAAUAAUUGCAAUUGGUUUGAACAAAAUUCACAAGGACACUGACGCAGUGUCGUCAAUAUCGAUAUUUAAGGACGGAGCAAGAGGAUUGAUUUCUGAUACGAAGAUUGCAAAAUAUUUGUACGAAACUAUAAAAAAACAGGCAAACAACAGGGUAUAACAAAAUACCUUGAAUAUAAAAUAUUCACUUAGUAAAACAACAGCGGGGGAAUUAAAUAUUUCAUGGUCAGGACGGUGU